AUGGCUUCGCCCCUCUUCCGCACCGCGCUCGUCUCGGGCCGCGUCGCCACCACCGCCACCGCCGGCCUCUCGCCAUACGCUACCGCCCAGUCGAUCCGGCUGCUCUCCACAACAGCAGCUCGCCGCCUCGCGACGCCGCAGACUGGCCCCACCCAGAUCCCAUCAGGGCCUUCCGCCUCGCCCAACCCCAUCGAGACCGCCACCAUGAACGCCCAGUCCGCCUACAAGCUGGCGGAAAACACACCAGCCUACCCGGACUACUCCAAGGGUCCCUCUGCGCUCGACAAGGCCAGCCAGCUCUUCUUCUUCACCGAGAUUCUUCGAGGCAUGUGGAUCACCCUCGAGAACUUUUUCCGACCGCCAUACACCAUCAUGUACCCCUUUGAGAAGGGCCCGCUCAGCCCGCGCUUCCGCGGCGAGCACGCCCUCCGCCGCUACCCGACCGGAGAGGAGCGCUGCAUCGCCUGCAAGCUCUGCGAGGCCAUCUGCCCCGCCCAGGCCAUCACUAUCGAGAGCGAGCCUCGCGAGGACGGCGCCAGGCGAACGACGAGAUACGACAUCGAUAUGACAAAGUGCAUCUACUGCGGAUUCUGCCAGGAGGCGUGCCCCGUCGACGCCAUUGUCGAGACGCAGAACACCGAGUACUCGACCGAGACGCGCGAGGAGCUGCUGUACAACAAGGAGAAGCUCCUCGCCAACGGCGACCGCGCCGAGGCCGAGAUCGCCGCCAACAUUGCCUCGGACCACCUCCAGCGCUAA